CCCUUCUUUUGUUUUUUUGGAUACCCUAGACUUGGGAAAGAAGAGAAUCCAAUGCUCCGAAAGAGUAACGAAAAUGGAGAAAUUAUGAGAGCAAUGUGCAGUUUCAAACAGUAAUAGAGAAGAAGAAUCCGAGGUUGGGGAAUUGAUUUCUAGGGUGCGGGAGUUUAAUUUGGGAUAAUGGGGAGAACCUAUAAAUAGAACGAUCAAGAGAGCUUAGAUAUACACUAAAGCAAGUGAUUGUAGAAACUAAACAGUAAAGAAAGGUGCGAGUGCAAGCUAGGAAGCAUUCCGGGUUAAGUGCGAGACGCGUGAGGUUGCGGAGUUUGGAGGAAACGUUUUGCGGAGAGGGAGAACACAUUUUCCAGAGCAAAGUUUCUGGCUUAUUCUACAUACAAUGGGAACCAGAGGAGUAAUUGGGGACAAGUGGUCCAUGAGAAUUCUUUGGGUUUGUGCUAUUGGAAGUGCUGUCGGCCUGUAUAUGGUUGCUGUAGAAAGGCAAGCACAGAACAGGGCGAGGAUGCUGGCUGAAGAACUAAGGGCAACGGAGUCAGGGGGGAGCAAUGGCCAAGACGGCUGAACUAUGCUACGCUAUAUCUUGUGAUAAUUAUUUAGUAUCAUAAAGCAGAUUUUCUGGAAGGUUAUGAUUUUAAAGGUUUACGCAUCCUUCCUCCAUUUGUUAAUAGUAUCGAGAAUUUUACCUGUGGGGAAAUAUUCAAGUGGAUUUUCAUUUAAAAUAAUGCGUUAUGGAAAGAAUUGAAAUAAGCUUUGUAACCUCAUUUUUAACAUUUAAGCAAACUAACCAGUCAAGUUACUUUUUGAA